AUGCCAGAAGGCUAUUUCCGCAUUCACGACGGCGAUGACAGCGAUGACGGCGACAGCUUCGACAAGACGGCAGGACAUGGUGUUGACAAUGGUGCGGACGAAGACAGAAACGGUGAUAUUGUGAAUGGACAAUGCGAUAAUGAGGAUAAUUCUUUUCGGAAUAGCAUUCGGUUCAAUCGGGACUUCUGCGGCUUAGACUCUAGAAUUGCGGGCUUUGCUGUCCAUAGCGGCGACCAGUUACUCGAGCAUGGGAAGACGGAGAUCAGUGGCUGGGCGUGGAUGUGGCUGGCAUAUCAGUCCAUUGGAGCUAUCUACGGUGACAUCGGUACCAGUCCGUUAUAUGUUUUCUCCUCGACAUUUCCGACGGCCCCCAUAUUCGAGGAUCUAGUAGGCGUGCUAUCCCUAAUUAUAUGGGCGUUGAUACUCAUUGCGACGAUUAAAUAUGUUGGGGUCGUUUUAUGCGCAAACGAUAAGGGCGAAGGCGGCUCGUUUGCCCUCUUCUCAUUGAUCAAGCGUUAUGUCGACAUCGACAACCAGAACUUCGGCCAGCUUGUAGACAGUGAGGAGAUGCGUUUACGGCCGUUCAAUUCGAAAGCUAUGAGCAUAUUGAAAAGGAGUUUGGUGGCAAAGAAGGCUGUUAAAAUUUUUGCAGUUCUUGGAGUGUAUGGCGUUUUGACUCCCGCACAAUCUAUCCUCGGUGCUGUUCAAGGAAUCAAAAUCGCUGCCCCGAAUACUGCAACCCAUACAGUUGUUGCCAUUGCUUGUGUCUUGAUUAUUUUACUCUUCUGCUUGCAGCCAUUCGGUAUAUCUAAACUCAGCAGUUUCUUCGCACCCGUUGUUAUCAUAUGGUUAAUUUUCAACGUCGUCUCAGCCGGAUAUAACCUCCUCGCCUAUGAUUAUACCGUCCUUCGCGCCUUUUCUCCCUGGUUAGGGAUGCACUAUCUCCUCCGGAGAAAACUUGAAGGAUGGAAAUCGCUCGGAGGCGUCCUCCUUUGCUUCACUGGAGUUGAAGCUCUAUUUGCCGACCUAGGCGCAUUCUCUGUCAAGGCUAUACGGGUCUCAUGGCUCUGCUUUGCCUUUCCUUGCCUGAUCCUUACAUAUUGCGGGCAAGCGGCCUUCAUAAGCAGCCAUCCCGACGCCGUCAUAAACCCGCUAUUCAAAUCAGCACCUCCAGGAAUGUAUUGGCCUAUAUUUCUGCUGUCGAUAUUGACUUCGAUCGUCGCGUCGCAGGCCAUGCUUACUGGGACGUUUCAGCUGAUGUCACAGGCAAUUCGCAUGGGAUAUCUCCCCAAUAUCCGAGCGGUACAUACCUCGAAACGCAUCCCAAGUCAGAUUUACAUCCCCUGGGCGAACUGGCUCAUGAUGUUAGCAGCACUUGUCGUCACUGGGGUUUUUAAAACAACCACGAAACUGGGCCAUGCUUACGGGACAUGUGUCGUCGGGGUCGGUUUUAUUACCACCUGGCUCGUCGCACUCGUAUCGACGAUUAUCUGGAACGUCCACGUCGCCAUUGUCAUGCCGAUAUUUCUGUUCUUCGUGUCUAUUGAUGGCCUGUUUGUGUCAUCCGCACUGUACAAAGUUCCAUCCGGCGGUUGGUUUACGAUUGUUGUGGCCGUAAUUCUCUCUAGCAUCUUGCUCAUCUGGAACUACGGCGAGGAAUGCCAACUUGAAGCUGAUAGAGAUGACUCCUCACUAUCACGAUCAAGAGUUUUUGCCAACGAGAAUGGAAUGUUAUUUAUACGUCAGGGAGAUAAACAUCUCGCGGUCAAGAUAAUUCGAGGAAUCGGGAUCUUCCUCAUUGAGACCAGCUUAAACUCUAACCCUGUCUUCGACCAUUUCUUAAGGAAAUUCGAAGCCUCCCACGAAAUAACAGUCCUCCUUCAUAUCAACCACAUCCCCAAGUACCAUAUUCGACCCGAAGACCGGUUUCUGAUUUCCGACACCGGGAUCCGCAGUUUAUACCGUGUCACUCUCCGUCUAGGUUACGGCGACACCAUAUUCUGGCACUCAUUUGAGAAAUCAUUAGUCCACGAGCUGGGAAUUCUCAUAUCAAACACUCCCACUUCCACUCCCACUACAACUGGCAGAGACACCUACAUCGACCCAUCUCAAGACAAACCACUCCGACGCCCAUCUCUUUCUCUCCCCGACGCCUCUUCAUCCGGCGACAUUCCCAUGUCGACCAUAUUAUCCCACACUAAGCACCAUAACCAUCAACAUCAACAUCACCAAAUCACCCCUGCCGACCUAGAAUCCAUAGCUGAAAAGCCCAUGACCUACAUAAUUGGUAGAGACAAACUCUAUAUCAAGGAGGAAUCGAAUUUCGUACGCCGCGCAAUGCUGGCGGUGUUUGUUGCUGUGAAGAAUCAGCAACGGACAAAGCUGUCGCGGCUCAAGGUUCCUGUUGAUAGGCUAGUGGAGAUUGGAUUUUCAAAGGCAAUUUAA